CCGAGAUGUCAGGUAUUAGUCCGGAGGGGCAGAUCUGCGAGCCACACAGCAGCUCCCGGGUCUACGGUACAUUAGCCUCUCCGUGGGAGAGGGAUCCCAGACAGCUCUGCUGGGGAGCCAGCCCAGGAGAUUUGUUAGCGGGCUGCUCCGGGGGAUACCAGCCACCUCCGGCACCCGAGCGCCAAAGGUGCUUGUGUUGCUGCUGCUGCUGCUGCUGGCGCAUUUCAUCCAAACUCCAGCCAGAGCGGGGGCAAGUUGAACCGGAGACGUUAGAGCCACUGUGCUUUGGAGAGACGAGGGCGCACGGGGAGCGCAGCAGCACCAUGCCUGCUAUCAAGAAGGAGCGACUUGACAGGGAAGAGAUGGCCCUGGCAGCUUUUAACCAGCCCAUGGAAACCUUACCUGACUAUCUCGCCCCUCUGGCCGCCGCUGCCAUUCCGGUGGUAACCCCGCACCCGCCGGCUUACGACCAGAUCUUUGCCCACCGCGCGUACCUGGGCUUCCACGAGACCCACCACCCCCACCCCCACCACCCCCACCACCCCCACCACCUCCCCGAGGACCUGAUGCUGGAGAGGUUUUCCUCCAUCCCGGAUUUCCAGCCCUUCUUUGACAACGGAGAGCCUUGCAUCGAGGUGGAGUGCGGGGAGAACAAGGCGCUGCUCUACAUCAAUAAGUUGUGCCAGGGGAGCAAAGGACCCUCUAUCCGGUACCGGGGAGAGUGGCUCACCCCCAACGAGUUCCAGUUUGUCAGCGGCAGGGAGACGGCCAAGGACUGGAAGCGCAGCAUCAGGCACAAAGGGAAAAGUUUGAAGACUCUUAUGUCCAAAGGAAUCUUACAGGUACAUCCUCCAAUCUGUGAUUGCCCUGGGUGUCGAAUUUCGUCUCCAGUGAACCGUGGUCGCCUGGCAGAGAAGAGGACGAUCCCCUUACCUCCAACCAGGAUCCCGAAGAAAGAGCUGACCUCAAUUUUCUCGCAUAGUGACGACAGCGAAGAGAGUGAUAAGAGCAAUGGUCAACACCCUGAAGUAAAGCAGGAGGAGGAUCUCCAUAUCAGUAUCAUGAAAAGAAGGAUACACACCCACUGGGAUUUAAACAUCUCCUUCCGAGAGACCUCUUGCAGAUUGUACGUUGGAUCAAAACUUCAAGGGCAUGUUUCUGGAAUAGAAGGUUUUCUGACCUCUCCCUUCACACCCUACUGUGAAAUUGAAAGGAUUCAAAUCCGUGAUAACGACCUUUCCACUAUCAUCUCCAACCUGCAUCAGAGCCGUCAGCUCGUUAUGCCAGAGACCCAGAGCCGCUGUGAAUUCAAGAGAAACAGCAUUGACGUUGGCUUAGGAGCAGCAGAUGAAAUUUUAGGCAAGAGAAGAGUAUGUUCUCCCAACAGCAGCAGUGAGUGUCCUUUAGAAAGCAAGAAAGCCAGAAGUGAGUCCCCAAAGGAAAACUCCCACACGCCUCUGCUUGAGGACUCGGUGACUCAGAUGACCCCAGAGGAGCACUAUAGACGCAUGAUGUCAGCACUGAAUGAACACGGCACGUUUGAAGAGCAGCAGCAACAACGUCUCUACCAGCUGGCCAACAGCAUGGCAGUGCCCAGCCAUGGAGAUCUCCUCCGGGCGCGGCAAGAGGUGGCGGCGGCGGCAGCGGCGCGCAACCCCGGCGCGAUGGAAGCGCACAUCCCCUCGGCCAGCAACUCUUCCAGCCAGCGGAGGAAGCAGGGCCUCCCCCAGCACAGGGACACCCACUUCCCCGAGAGGGAGAUAUCCCACCCACCGCCUCUGCUUUCACCCCAGAAUGCGCCCCAUAUUGCUCUGGGGCCCCACUUGAGACCUCCUUUUCUCGGGGUGCCUUCGGCUCUGUGCCAGACACCAGGUUACGGGUUCCUACAGCCGGCACAAGCAGAGAUGUUUGCGCGGCAGCAAGAGAUGCUACGAAAGCAAAACCUGGCAAGGUUGGAGAUGUCGGCUGAGAUCAUCCGCCAGAAAGAGCUGGAGAACCUCCACAGGCAAAGGCUACUGGCUGGUGACCCCCUGAGCCUGCAUCCCGGCUUGCCCCCAGACCACCCGGCCCUGCGUAACGUGCACGACAUCCCCGAGGGCCACCCGCUGCGGGAAGAGCUCUCCCGGAGGAACGCCAUGCUGGUGCUGCGACACAACAACACUCCCCUGCUGUCCCUCAACCCCAGCGUCCCCAGCAGCGCCACGCCGCCCAAGGAGCAGCCCCGGCGGGGCAGCCGAAAAUCGGCACACCACCGCGCUGAGCCGCAGGGGCUGAGCGAGGCCAAGGAGGUGGCAGAGCCCCGGGCGCGGGAUGGGGCACCAGACUGUAACGACGAGGAGAUGAAGGACUCUGAGAGCGACGCGGAUGUGAGCGACGAGAAGCCGGAGAGCCUGAAGGCUGAGAGCAGCAGCUCGGCGGCUGAGCUUAAGGAGUGCAAAGAGACAGGCAAAGUCUGUGAAGGGGCCAAGGAGCUGGGUGAAGCGGCUGCCAGUCAAAAUGCCCCCUGCAGCUCUUCGAGCGCCGAGUCCCCCAGCCAUUUGCUUGGCCCAGGCAUCAACAAAAAUGAGGUGAAAUAUCUCCCGCCAGCCUCCAUCCCACCACCUCAGCCGCUGCCCUUCGGAUUCCCUUACACGAUGAGCCCGUACUUCCAUGCAGGCACCAUGGGAGGUCUGUUUCUGGAUGGUGAGGAAAGCCCUGCGCUAGAAGACAUCAGCAAAUGGACGGUGGAGGACGUAUGCAGCUUUGUGUCCAACUUGUCUGGCUGCACCGAGUACACUCAGGUAUUCCGAGAGCAGGCUAUUGAUGGUGAGACCCUGCCCCUCCUGACGGAAGAGCACUUACUGAACAAUAUGGGGCUGAAACUCGGACCUGCACUGAAGAUAAGGUCACAGGUCGCCAAGAGAGUGGGCAGAGUUCUGUACAUGGCAGGCUUCCCCAUGGCUUUCCCGCUGCAACCUCCCGGUUUACGGCCACCGGAGCGGGACCUGGCCCCAGCUGAUCUCCGGCCAUCCUCCACAGGCAGCGUGGCCUCCCCCUUCAGCAGCGGCCUGCCCUCCGCCAGCCGCGUCUCACCAAAGCAGGAAAACGGAAACCCCUCCAUCAUUGCUGGGAUCAAUGACACCACGAAACCUCCAUCUUAACUGCAGGACAGCUCUUGACUGCUUCUGGAACUGAGAUUCAGUUGAACAAACUGAAGGUAAUGCUUUUGAGAGACCAGGAGAGCCUCCCUCAGCAGUGUGAGACACAGGAGUGAGGAAGGGAGGUUUUUAAUUUUUUUGCUUUUUGUUUAAAAAAAAAAAAAAAAAAACAACAACCCACACAGAAAUUUU